AAGAGCCUAGAAGGAACUCCAGAAUAACAGUGUGUCAUACAGACAGGAACUCCAGAAUAACAAUGUGUCAUACAGACAGGAACUCCAGAAUAACAGUGUGUCAUACAGACAGGAACUCCAGAAUAACAGUGUGUCAUACAGACAGGAACUCCAGAAUAACAGUGUGUCAUACAGACAGGAACUCCAGAAUAACAGUGUGUCAUACAGACAGGAACUCCAGAAUAACAGUGUGUCAUACAGACAGGAACUCCAGAAUAACAGUGUGUCAUACAGACAGGAACUCCAGAAUAACAGUGUGUCAUACAGACAGGAACUCCAGAAUAACAGUGUGUCAUACAGACAGGAACUCCAGAAUAACAGUGUGUCAUACAGACAGGAACUCCAGAAUAACAGUGUGUCAUACAGACAGGAACUCCAGAAUAACAGUGUGUCAUACAGACAGGAACUCCAGAAUAACAGUGUGUCAUACAGACAGGAACUCCAGAAUAACAGUGUGUCAUACAGACAGGAACUCCAGAAUAACAAUGUGUCAUACAGACAGGAACUCCAGAAUAACAGUGUGUCAUACAGACAGGAACUCCAGAAUAACAGUGUGUCAUACAGACAGGAACUCCAGAAUAACAGUGUGUCAUACAGACAGGAACUCCAGAAUAACAGUGUGUCAUACAGACAGGAACUCCAGAAUAACAGUGUGUCAUACAGACAGGAAAGAAAUACUGAGGAUGGAUGUGGUGGCUGACAGUGGCUGGUCUCAGGUACUGAGGAUAGAUGUGGUGGCUGACAGUGGCUGGUCUCAGGUACUGAGGACGGAUGUGGUGGCUGGUCUCAGGUACUGAGGAUGGAUGUGGUGUCUGACAGUGGCUGGUCUCAGGUACUGAGGAUGGAUGUGGUGGCUGGUCUCAGGUACUGAGGAUAGAUGUGGUGGCUGACAGUGGCUGGUCUCAGGUACUGAGGAUGGAUGUGGUGUCUGACAGUGGCUGGUCUCAGGUACUGAGGAUGGAUGUGGUGUCUGACAGUGGCUGGUCUCAGGUACUGAGGAUGGAUGUGGUGUCUGACAGUGGCUGGUCUCAGGUACUGAGGAUGGAUGUGGUGUCUGACAGUGGCUGGUCUCAGGUACUGAGGAUGGAUGUGGUGUCUGACAGUGGCUGGUCUCAGGUACUGAGGAUGGAUGUGGUGUCUGACAGUGGCUGGUCUCAGGUACUGAGGAUGGAUGUGGUGUCUGACAGUGGCUGGUCUCAGGUACUGAGGACGGAUGUGGUGUCUGACAGUGGCUGGUCUCAGGUACUGAGGAUGGAUGUGGUGUCUGACAGUGGCUGGUCUCAGGUACUGAGGAUGGAUGUGGUGUCUGACAGUGGCUGGUCUCAGGUACUGAGGAUGGAUGUGGUGUCUGACAGUGGCUGGUCUCAGGUACUGAGGAUGGAUGUGGUGUCUGACAGUGGCUGGUCUCAGGUACUGAGGAUGGAUGUGGUGUCUGACAGUGGCUGGUCUCAGGUACUGAGGAUGGAUGUGGUGUCUGACAGUGGCUGGUCUCAGGUACUGAGGACGGAUGUGGUGUCUGACAGUGGCUGGUCUCAGGUACUGAGGAUGGAUGUGGUGUCUGACAGUGGCUGGUCUCAGGUACUGAGGAUGGAUGUGGUGUCUGACAGUGGCUGGUCUCAGGUACUGAGGAUGGAUGUGGUGUCUGACAGUGGCUGGUCUCAGGUACUGAGGAUAGAUGUGGUGGCUGACAGUGGCUGGUCUCAGGUACUGAGGAUGGAUGUGGUGUCUGACAGUGGCUGGUCUCAGGUACUGAGGAUGGAUGUGGUGGCUGACAGUGGCUGGUCUCAGGUACUGAGGAUAGAUGUGGUGGCUGACAGUGGCUGGUCUCAGGUACUGAGGAUGGAUGUGGUGUCUGACAGUGGCUGGUCUCAGGUACUGAGGAUGGAUGUGGUGGCUGGUCUCAGGUACUGAGGAUAGAUGUGGUGGCUGACAGUGGCUGGUCUCAGGUACUGAGGAUGGAUGUGGUGUCUGACAGUGGCUGGUCUCAGGUACUGAGGAUGGAUGUGGUGGCUGGUCUCAGGUACUGAGGAUGGAUGUGGUGUCUGACAGUGGCUGGUCUCAGGUACUGAGGAUGGAUGUGGUGGCUGGUCUCAGGUACUGAGGAUAGAUGUGGUGGCUGACAGUGGCUGGUCUCAGGUACUGAGGACGGAUGUGGUGGCUGGUCUCAGGUACUGAGGAUAGAUGUGGUGGCUGACAGUGGCUGGUCUCAGGUACUGAGGAUGGAUGUGGUGGCUGGUCUCAGCUACUGAGGAUGGAUGUGGUGGCUGACAGUGGCUGGUCUCAGGUACUGAGGAUGGAUGUGGUGGCUGACAGUGGCUGGUCUCAGGUACUGAGGACGGAUGUGGUGGCUGGUCUC